GACUCCUUCCACUCUUUUCCCCACUCUUUCAAAGAUGUUGAGGGCUGUCGUAGGGCUUGCUGGCCUGGUCAGCUGUGCGACCGCUCAGAGCAACUCUGUAAAGGUCAAAUGGCUGGAGGACACGCCGGAAUACCUCGCCGGAGUGACUUUUGGCCUCCCAUGGCCCCGUGGGCAACACCUUGGUAAUGCGACGACUUUCACGGCUUCCGGGGAUGCGCAGUUACAAUCAUGGGCUACGGCAUACUGGCCUGAUGGGUCCUUGAAGUGGACUGGACAUGCUCUUGCAGCGAGCGACUCUCCAGCAACCGAAUAUACCAUCACCGCUUCCGGUCCCGGCAACUCGACGCUUUCGCGACUGAGGCGACAGAAGAACGGCAUUCAGGUUAGCGACUCUGGUGAUGAGGUUGUGGUCAACACAGGCAAGGUUACUGCAACGUUCCCCAAGUCGGGGAGCACCUUGGUCUCUUCCAUCAAAACCGGCUCCAAAAUUGUCGGAAAGAAUGGUCGCUUAAUCCUGAGGUCUCAGACCGGAACACCAGAUGACGAUGCGGACGGCAAACCGACCGGAAUUGACUACUUUAGCUUUUCCAGCAAGGUCUCCAAUGUGACCGUUUCGGAAGAUAACACAGCACGUUCUUUGGUCACGGUUCAGGGUAUCCACACAAUCGACGGAGACGGUGCGCAUAAAGAUUGGUUUCCAUUUACGGUGCGAUUCUAUCUAUAUGCCAACUCAGAAGCGAUUCGCAUCAUCCAUACUAUCAUCUACGACGGCGAUAUGACAAAAGACUUCAUUUCAGGCAUCGGCAUUCGCUUCGAUGUGCCCCUUGCCGGCGAAGAGUUCUAUGAUCGUCACAUUCGCAUAGCCGGUGUUGACGGCGGAUUGCUACAUGAAGCCGUACAAGGCAUCACAGGGCUUCGUCGAGACCCCGGUGAAGCUGUGCGUUCAGGCCAAUACAACGGUACCCUAUUGCCAAAUGCAACUGCGUGGGAUCAGCGCGUUACGUCGCGUCUCCAAUGGGUUCCCACCUGGAGCGACUACCGACUGACCCAGCUCUCUUCGGACGGCUUCAACCUCAAGAAGCGAACCAAGACUGGCCAGAGCUGGGUCAAGAUUCCUGGAGGUACCCGCUCCGGUGGUUUGGCGUACCUGGGUGGAGCUACCGUUGGCGGUCUUGCUCUUGGCCUGCGUGACUUCUGGAAGAAGUAUCCUACUAGCCUGGAUAUUUCAAACGGUGCGACCGAUACAGGAUCGAUCACGUUGUGGCUCUACAGCCCACAAGCCGGGCCCAUGGACAUAAGGCCAUUCCACGAUGGACUUGGCCAAGACACGUAUGCAAAGCAACUUGAUGCGCUUGACAUCACGUACGAGGACUACGAAGCCGGAUAUAAUACACCUUAUGGUGUCGGUCGGACAAAUGAGCUCUAUCUCUACGCCUUUGAUAGCACUCCUACAGCUGACAAGCUGUCAACUCUUACUAACUACACUAACAACCCUCCGGUCCUUAUCCCGGAACCUGAGUACAUCCGCGACUCCAAGGCUAUUGGCGCAUACUGGGAUGUUCCUGGUGCCGUUGACUCCGCCGCGGCAAGGAAGAUUGAGUCAAAUAUGGACUUUCUCAUCAAGUUUUACGAGAGUCAAGUCGAACAGCGCAGAUGGUACGGUUUCUGGGAUCACGGCGAUAUUAUCCACACUUAUGAUGACGACCGCCAUCAAUGGAGAUACGACAUCGGUGGAUACGGAUGGGACAACUCGGAGCUGUCUCCUGACUUGUUCUUCUGGGGCUACUUCCUCCGCACCGGGCGCGCUGAUGCGUACCGUCUCGCGCAUGACCAAGUGCGCCACGGAGGCGAGGUGGACUCAUACCAUUUGGGCAACUUCACGGGUCUCGGUACGCGACAUGGAGUGCAACAUUGGGGCGAUAGUGCAAAGCAGGCGCGUAUCGCGACGCCGGUCUACAGGAAGACAUUUUACUACAUCUCUGGCGGUGACGAGCGGACGGGCGACCUCGUGCAUGAAGUCCUCGACGUCGACAAGGCGUUUGUUCUCGUUGAUGCUAGACGCAAGGUCCGCGCUGCUAAUGUAGUCUACAAGCCCGACCCCGAAGCUCUUUAUCUCAAUUUUGGCACGGAUUGGGCUGGCAUCGCGCAGGCCUACCUUAUCGAGUGGGAGCGUCGCGGUCCCCGCUGGGAAGAGGCGCGGGACAAGCUCAUCGAGGCCAUCAAGACAUAUCCCAAGUUGAAGAACGGCUUCGUUACCGGCGAGGCGCUGUACAACAGCCUUACAGGAGCAUGGUCGCCGCCGCCCACGGACCCCAGCAACAGCGGGAACGUCACCGUCUCGCAUCUCUCCGGCGUCUUCGGCGUGCUCGAGACCAUCGACCAAGUCAUCGAGCACUUCGGCCCCGCUGCACAAAACACCACGAAGCCCUUCUUCGACGCCUUCCUCGAGUACUGCUACUUCUACGGCGCCAGCAAAGCUGAGCAAAAGGACCGCUAUGGCAAGGACUUUGGCAACCUCAACUUGAAGCAGGGCCACUCGCGCUAUACCGCUUAUGUGGCCCACCAUCGCAGCAACGCUACGCUUGUGCCCCGCGUGUGGUCAGAGUACCUCGGUGAUGGAAGCAAGGACGGACUUGCCCCUAAUGCUCCGUGGAAGACGGAGAGGAUUAGUGGGAGCGAUGUGUUGAUUCCGGUUGAUGAGGCGAUUUGGGUCAGUACGAAUGCGGCGGCACUAUACGGUGUUGCGGGUAUUGAGAGCUUAGCUCUUGUGGGCGCGCCAGAUGUCAAUAUUGUGGGUCAGAAUACGACCGCGAAGAGGGCCGUGAAGUGGAACGCAAAGAAGGCUGCAUAGCGUAUGAUAGCUUAGUGUGUUAGUAAAUGUGUGUAUGUAUAUACAAUAUUCCAUGCAU